GAGGAUAUUUGCUAGUUACACUGUCCUUCCAGUGGGGGAGGUAGCGGUGGUUCCAGUGCAUGUAGCGGCCAUCUGUCUGCACGUUUCCAUACCAGGCGUAGUAGAACGCAUGGAGACAGGGAUUUGGCUUGGGAAGGGCCACUCCAAGUUGCAUUCUGGUUUCUGGUCAGAGCCUUUUCAAGUCAAGAUGCAGAGGGUUUACUCAUUAUGUCAUUAGUACACUUAGUAAUAUGACCACAAAAAUUCAU